AUGGAUUGUUACCCGUACAAACUUCCUGAUUCGGAAUGGAAGAAAAAACUGUCAAGGGAAGAGUUCCAUGUGAUGCGACGAGGUGGAACAGAGGCCUAUGGGAAGGGUGAAUAUUGCAAGUACUUUCCCAAAACGGGAUACUUUGCGUGCAAAGCUUGCGAUCAUCCCUUAUACUCGGCACAAUCCAAAUUCACGGACAGCGGUUGGGAUGCUUAUUCUAUGGCGUAUACAUCUGGUGAAAUGCCCCAUGUUAGUAUUCGUGGAUUCAACGAGGUCUGCUGCAACAACUGUGGCAGCCACUUGGGACAUUUAUUUCCAACUCAAGACGUAGAAACCGAGCAGAGACAAUGA